AUGACAGCUCACAGCCGCUGUGAGAGACCCAAGAGCAGCAUACAGAAAGUGGGGGCAGCACGUGCUGUGCGUCAGCCCUGGGAAGUGGUCUCCAUCACCUCCAGCUCACCCCCAAGAAGUCAUGUCUACGAGGCGCCCCCCCUGAUUCAGUCACCUCCUGAACUGCAGCGGAGGCCAGCAGACUUGGAGGGCUGGAGACCCCGGCCGCCCCCCGACGGCCCCCAGGCCUUGGGAAGAAGGCGCGGAGGAAGGAAGCCGCCCCGGCACAACUGCGGGACCUCCGGGACCUGCCUCCGGCCUCGGGACUGGCCUUGGUGGCCAUCCUCAGAGCCGAGAAGUGACCUGAAGGGUCCCAAGCCACCCUCCAACCCGGCGCCCCGAGGGGUGGGGCGGGGCCCGAAGCCCAGGAGAGCCGAGAGCCCCCUCAGGCUUCCGGCAUCUCCGUGGGGCCCAGGGAUCUGCUCUCAGGGAAUGGUGCAGGAGGCCCUCAUGAAGGAGCAGGAAAGGAGGCUGGCGGGCAGGCAGGGAGCCAGACACACAGAGAGCGAGCGGCAGAGGCAGACGGACAGACAGAUCCAGACGGACAGACACAGGCACCGACAGACCGACGCAGACAGACAGGCGGACCGAGACCGACACCGACAGACGGACAGACACAGGCACGCAGAGACCUACAGACAGACACAGAUGCAGACAGAAAGAAGCAGACACACACAGACACACAGACGCAGACACACGAGCGCAGACAUACAGACGCAGACAGACGCGGGCAAAGACAGGCAGACGCAGACGGACAGACAGACGCAGGAGGACAGACAGACACAGGCAGACAGACAGAGACUCACGCAGACGGACACAGACACAGACAGGCAGAUGCAGACAGAAAGACACAAACAGACACAGACAGACGGGCAGACACAGACGCCCACAGACAGACACAGGCAGACGCAGACAGAAAGACACAGACACAGACACACGGAGAGGGACAAGCAGACACAGACGGAGACGGACAGACAGACGCAGACUGACAGACACAGGCAGACGCAGACGGACGCGGGCAGAUACAGGCAGAUGCGACACCGACAGUCACAGACGGACACGGACAGACAGACGCAGACCGACAGACACAGACAGACGCAGACGGACGCCGACAGAUUCAGGCAGACGCGGCAGACGCAGACGCCGAUGGACAGGCUGACGGGCCCGCUGGGCUAGGCUGGGCAUCUCCCUCACCAGAUCUGUAGCCCCCAGAGGAAUCCGCCGCCCUCCACGGGAUCCCGCGCUCCAAACAGCAAAGUUUCCCAGAACCACAGACCGGGCCCGGCCCCGGCCUGAGACCAGCCUUCGGGCCCUGGGCGGCCGCACAGCCGGGCCUGCCCGAGGCAGCUGCUGUAAGAACCAUCGGCUCCGGCCCUGCCAUCCCUGCCCCCACCUCGGGGCCAGGAACCCAGGAAGAGACACCUGCCCCGGGGGCCCAGUUGCUCCCCAGGACACUCAGCUCCCAAUUAACCACAGGAACGAAGGGGACACCAGAGAAAGGCUCCGGGGCUGCUGCUCGAGCUGAAGUCCGUGGUCCCCAUAGGGAGCCCCCCACCCUCGCGCCUGGGCUGACGCCCCCUGUCUCCAAGCCUCGGCGCGCUCCGGCCCAGCCCCCAAACUGGAGGAAGAUGCAGGUGGGGACCGGCCAUCCCGGGCAGGGACCGACCUUGAACUUGGGGGGCACAGCCCCUGCGCCCCGCUCCUCCCGUCCCACCGGCUUUCCCAACUUUCAGCUUCUUGUGUUUUUCUUUUUGCAAUUAAAACCUGAGCUUAAAACUACA